GAGUGCCGUGCGUGCCGGCUCUGCCUGGCCUCGGGGGGGAGGGCAUUUUGCUGCGCCCCCCGCCCAACCGUUUCUGGCCCCCUGGGGUGCGGCGGGGGCCGACCGCGGGUGCCGACGGUCAACACCUGCAUGAACAUGGCCCAGCGCACCGUCAGGAGCCCCGGGCCGCCCGAGGCGCUGCAGGCGGCGGCCCCCGCGGGGCGGGUGCGCGUGCGCGCGCUGCGCAUGGAGCGGCUGCUGGCGGGCGUGGGCUGGCGGAGCCCCGUCGGCCUGCUGAAGAUGGACUGCGAGGGCUGCGAAUGGGACACGCUGCUGCAGCCCGCGCGGACGUGGGAUGCAGACCACGUGGUGGGCGAGGUGCACUUUGGGUGCCGCGAGGCCAGCUGCUGGCCAAUGGCCUCCUCCCAGCUGCGCGCGAGAGUGGACCCCCUGCGCCGGAGGCUCACCCCUGCCUGGGCCACCUCUUGGGUGCAGCUGGUCUUCGGGCAACUGCACGUCGGCGGAGUUCACGUCGGCCGCCGAGCUGGGCGCCCUGCUGCGCGAAUGCCGGGCCUUCCCGCCGCGGUCGGCUAGCAAGCCCUGCCUCGGGCUUCUGGCCCUUCACCUCGG